CUUGGCAAAACACAAAACAGCCUGUACGCCAAAGAAACAAUCAUUCCAGCAGAUGGCGCUCUACUAGAUCACCACUAAAGUCGCCAGGUGUGUAAAGAAAGCAGCAGUACGCUUCCGCAUGCUGACGACUAAAACAUUACGGAAACGCAGGAAUCAGAGAAGCUGUAGUAAGAAGGCAGUCAGUGAUUCUUUAACGGAUGCAGCACACAAGUGAGCACAUGUCACAGGACACAGUAACCAGUGUGGACUGCAAAAAGAGAGUCUUCCUCUGGACAGUGCAAGAGGUGCACGCUUGGGUGAGGCUGCAAUUCCCUUGCUGUGAGACUUCCUUUCUGCUUGCAAUUGUGAAUCAUGCUAUAUCAGGCCGUGCACUUCUGAGACUGACAGACAGCAAGCUAGAAAGAAUGGGGAUUGUGCAGGAGCAGCAGCGGCAUGACAUUCUACAAGAGGUGCUUCCAUUGCGAGUCAGGGAAGAGCUGGAUAAUCUGAAUGAAAUAGUCUCCGAAUGUUUCUUUACACUGUGAAGGUGGAGAGUUUGUCCCAAAGCUGAAAAUAUUAACCCUUGAAUCACCGCCCUGGAAUUCUACAAGCUUAACAACUGUUUGAUGCACUUUGUAGCUUUCUCCAUUCUUCAAUAGCACAGUUUUCAGCUUUCAGCAACUGGGAUUUGCAUAGCGUUUAUUGAUACAUUGUUUUGAGGCUGGUUUAUGUAAUUGCUACACAAAUACUAACAAAUGGAGUAAAAUCCCACAUAACAAAUGAAGUGCAUCCUGCGGCUAGACAUAAUGCCAUUAUCACAGAUAAAGCAGUGACUUGGGAUGGGUAAUGGUUAGGUCCCUGGUGGUUACCGUAUUUGGUUACAAUUUAGAAAAUAGCUAUAUGUUACUUUUAUCUGGCAAAGAAUAUGAGUGGACCAAAUGAAAAAGCUUGUGUGUAUGUACAAGUGGGAGGGGUGGCUAUGAAAUAUAAUUUAAAAAAUAAAUAAAUUAAGUUAUAAAUAAGUGCA